UGGGAGGAGCGUGUGUCCGCCCACAAAAAAAAAAGCCACAGCUAUCUCCUCCAUAUCUCUAAAAAAGAAAACAAAUUGUGCACGAGUAAAAAAGGGGGAGAAUACGCGUAAAACAGCAACACUUGGUUUGUUUUCGUUGCGUAGCGACGCGACGAACCGGCGAGAGAAACAAGAGCAGCAGCGGAGAGAGAGAAGAGAGAGCACCGGAGAGGAGAGAGGGGUGUUGUCCUGAUGCUUAAAUGGAAGUGGGUGGGCCUCCACGGUCACACACACACACACCGACAACUUCUCUGUGGAUUAUCACUCUGACAAGCUGAUAAUUUGAUCGUUUAUGGACUGGCUGUCCGGUAAUAGACGCACACGACGGUGCUCUGGAGAAGGGAGAGCCGUUGACGGUGACUGUCUCCGUUAUUCUGCUUGAUUGUGUCUCUCCGGUUGGCACCGCCCUUCCUGGCCGGUGGGUGGUUUUUUCGUGAAACGGGCAGAUCCGCCACGGCCCAGCGAGCGAACAUAUAGGCCCGUCCUCCGCCUCUGUACCCGGCCGGCCUUCUACCGUGAACUACACCCUCUCUCCUUCUCGGUAUAUGAAUGCGUUAUGAGUGACUCCAAGAAGGAAUCAUCUGGAACUGAAGGAGGGAAAGCAUCCAAAAAGGGGAAAAGUUCUGGAUCGCAGGAUUCCUCGCAGCCCUCUCCGUUGGCUCUGCUAGCGGCCACCUGCAGUAAGAUCGGAGGGCAGGGGGGAGCGGAGGGGGCCCAGCAGGCCCAGCUGGGGGCCCAGCAGUUCCAGCUCCAGUCUGGUCAGAUCCAGCUGCAGGCGGGUCAGCUCCAGGGUCAGAUCGUGUUGGACACAUCUGGAGGUCAGACCCUGGUGCCCCAGCAGCUGGAACUGGUCCCUGCUCAGUUCACGGGGAACGGCUGGCAGAUCAUCACAGCGGCGCCGACUAUGGCCAAAGAUAACACCAAUCAGCCUGUCGCUGUGACGGUGGCCACCACCUUGGCUAAUGACAGCUCACCGGGCGGACGCAAGGUGAAGUCAGUGGGUGGGACCAACACCGUUGCAGCCAAUCAGCAACAGCAGCAGUUCCAGAUCAUCCAGGUCCAGAACCUGCCCAAUGCCGGGGGCGGGGUCCAGUAUCAGGUCAUCCCUCACCUGCAGACAGCAGACGGGCAGCAGAUCCAUAUCAGUUCAGCUCAGACAGCCUCCAUCGGAUCUCUACAGGAGCAGGUCCAGCUCAUCCAGACCCAGAGUCCAGGCCAGACCCAGGCUAUCCUCCAGCAAGCCAACCAGCAAGCCAUCAUGACAACUACAGCCAAUCAGACGGUCCCACUGCAGAUCCGCCCUGCGCAGUCUUUCCCACUGCAGCUGCAGACUCUGCAGGGCUCCCAGACUCCUGUUAUGACCACAGUACCCAUAAACCUCGGCGGCAUGACCCUGGCUUUACCUAUGAUAAAUAAUGUCGGAGGGGGCGGGGCCGUGCAGCUUAUCCAAUCAGCAGAUGGCACAUUCUCCAUUGCCAACGGCAACCAGCUGAUGACAACGGCAGCUCCUAUGACAGCAUCAACUGGCUCGACAGUAGUAGCCGAAGGUAACAACGUGUCCGAAGUGACACAAGUUGUUUCUGCUGGAUCGGAGGGUGGACCAGCUGACACCCAGGUGCAGAGCAGUGAGGCAGACUCUCAGAGUCAGAACCAGGCCAACGGGCUGCAGAACCAGAUGGAUACAGGAGCAACCAUUCAGCAAGUGAUCGUGGGCCAAGUGGGGCACCAGUUGCUGCAGCAGUUCCAGCUGCAGCCUCAGAGUCAGGGUCAGGCCCAGGGGCAGCAGCAACCACAGCACAUUCAGACGCUCCAGCUGGCCCCAGGACAAACCUUGCAGCCCAUCCAGGCCUUCCAGAACCAAGCCCAGGUCCUUAUCCGCACUCCGACCCUGUCCCCUUCUGGGCAGAUCACUUGGCAGACGGUGCAGCUGCCCGGUGGAGUCUCCCUGCAGGGCGGCCUCGGGACGGCGCUGCCACAGCAGCUGACGCUGGCCCCGGUGGCCGGUGGGACGACAGUGGGCAGUGGAGGGCUGGUCUCCCUGAGUGGAGCUCCCCUGACGCUGAGCGCAGCCCAGAUCAACCCGGGGUCCGGGGUCCAGACGGUCAGCAUCGCCGGGCUGGGCACUGCUGGGGUUCAGGUGCAGGGUGUCCCCCUCACCAUUACUGGUCUACAGGGUCAACCACAGGGUCAGGAUGGGGUCAAAGUACAACCGUCUCCAGUGACGGUCACCGUCGGCAACGUGGCACCGGGCUCGUCGAUGAGUCCGGAUCAGCUGGGCUCCGUACAAAGUUCUUCGGACCAGGAGGGACCGCCCAGCAAGAGGCUUCGUCGGGUGGCCUGCUCUUGUCCGAACUGCAGGGAUGGAGAGGGAAGGAACAGCGGGGACCCCACAAAAAAGAAGCAGCACAUCUGCCACAUGGAGGGCUGUGGGAAAGUGUACGGCAAGACAUCCCACCUGAGGGCCCACCUGCGCUGGCACACUGGCGAGAGGCCGUUCGUCUGUAACUGGAUCUUUUGUGGCAAGAGGUUCACCAGGAGCGACGAGCUGCAGAGACACCGGAGAACACACACAGGAGAAAAGCGUUUUGAGUGUCCCGAAUGCUCCAAGCGCUUCAUGCGCAGCGACCACCUCUCCAAGCACAUCAAGACGCACCAGAACAAGAAAGUCGGCGCUGCGGUGGCAAUCAUCACCACCGAUGACAUGGAGGAAGUCGUUCCCGAAGGCCUGGACGCCUCCCCUCAGAUCGUCGCUGUGGCGACCCUCUCGCGUGACUCUGACCCCGCUACACCCACCACCUCUAAUCACCUGGAGGAAGAGCCGGUGGAAGAGGAGGCGUUUCAAUAGGCACUCCCGUUUCUUUGCUGAAGGCUGACUUUUUUUUACUUUUACAUCAUUUUAAAAAUGUUGUUCUUUCAUGAAAUGGGACUCAAAAGAGACGGACUCAUGCGAUGAACAGAAACAGAAAAAUAUAAACAACACAAUCUAAAAAUAACUAACACAUAUAAUAACAAAAAAUUAGCCUAAACAUAUGAAAGAUUAGUUUGGCAUUUAUGAAAUGAAUCUAUAAUAAUUCCAUUCACGGUGGGGAAAGGAAUGUAAGUCGUGUCUAGAUUAGCACAAGACAGGGGGACCUGCUGAACCUAAAACCAUCGAGAGACAUUUUCUUAAUCGCAACAGAAUCUAACUCUAUGCACAAAGUUGUGUUCCUGUUUCACACCUGUCCAGACAGUGCUGAGGGUCAAUCAUGGUACAGGACUGUUGCAGAGCAGCGAUAAAGCAGGGGCGGUCUUGGGAUGAUGUGUGUGCGUGUGUACAUGUGACCUGUAUGAAUGAGCGUGUUUGUAUUCCCGCGCCGUCGCCGAGAGGAUCUACCUAAUUUGAGUUUUAUUCAUGGUUCAGGUUUAGUCCUCAGAUCAGAUUCAGGUGUUGAUUCCUUUGAGACCAGUCAACGGAUAAACUGUUAUUGAAGAAGAAGAGAGGGGAAUUCUAAAAAAAAAAAAAAAGUAGAAAAAAGCACAUAUAAAAAGAUUUAUAAAUAAUGCAUUCCUAUUGAGGCGCAGUGGCCAUUCGAAAAAAAGGUUUCUAUAGAAAAACAAUCUAGCUUUCUACAACUUUGUUUGUGUAGUGAAAGCAAUACCAUAACGACAAUCCUAGUGAAACCAUGUUUACAUUGUCAGGGGAAGUUUUCUCUGUUAAUAAGACAAGCCAGUUCGCUCGACCAUUCGUGAGAACACCUGAAAGCUGUCGUCUGAACAAAGCCUGUCGCUUUGCAGAUACCACAGGGUGGCUUUAACAUCACAGCUGCAGUCUAUCCAACGCUUGUUUGUAAUUUUUAUAUGAUCGAUCACCAUCAGAUGGCACCUGGUAGAUGUAACGGCAGUUCGUCGGACAGCGGCACCGUCACCGAUGUUGCUUUCUGUGCUCUGGUGGGCGACCCCUCUCCACCUCUAACCCUGUGACCGAUGUACCACAAUUGCCUUAACACAAGCUGUCGUACAGAGGGAAGCUCAGGGUUAGCUGGGUGGAGAAAGAGGGGCGCUCUCCUGAUUUAUUAGGGAGAGCACGCCACAGCACAGAGAGGUAAAGUGAGAGUGACCAGAGCGGUGGUUGGGAGCGGGUCGGGCUAUUUAGCUAUGUGGAUAUUUUUGAGAUGUUUUCUGGUGGUGUUGCUCUGUGUUAGUUCAGUGCGUACAUUAUUUUGAAAUUAAAAAGAUACUUUUAUUUUAUCAGUUGUUUUAAAAAAUUCCCCUCCCAGUAUGUUAACACACAGGACCCCACUGUGUACGGCUAAUUUAUUAUUUAUCCUUGAGUUGUACUAUUUGCCUUUUGCUGGACUUGUAUUUGUGUGAUUCUGAGGUUGUGUACAGCAUGUUUGAGUUUUUUGCCGUAGUGCUGCUUCUCUCUUCUUUAAUCUCUGUGCUUCGGUUUUCUUUUUUCUACGUCUGACCAUUGCUGUUCAUGUCUUCUUCUUCUUCUUCUUCUCUUUGCGCCAUAAUGUGUUUUUUUUUGGAGAAAAAUAAAUAACAAAAGAAGAAGAAAGCAAAAAAGUUACUAUUGUUUAAAAGUUGAAAAUACCAAACGAAUUUAGAUGUUUUUGGUAAUAUUUUGUGUGACAACCGACUUUUUCGUUUCUUUGAUAUUUUGUAGUGACAUCUCAUUUGUAAAUCUUUUUCUAAAAAGAUGUUUGUCCGUCUCCAUGACAUUUGAUAAUGGGUUUUUUGCCAGGUUAGCCUCAAAGGCCCCAGUUUAUUGAUAUUUUUAAAACUGGUUUGUACAAACGUGUUAUGUCAAUAAAAAAGUUAAAGAAAAAAAAAAAAGGACAAAUUCAAGCAGAAAAGAUGCUUUGCCUGCAUAACACUUGACAAUAAAGUGAUUAAAACUCUCUUAAAUUCCA